UUUUAUUCCCUUUUUGCUUGAACAAAAUGGCAUCGUUCACCCGAUACAGCACAAAAGAAGAAGAUACAACAGAGGAGGGGGAGCUGGAAAGUGAAGACGAUGGAGACUCAGGAGGAGAGAGUUUUCUCACAGACGAAGAAGAAUUUGUUCCAGAUGAGGAUUUUGAUGAUUACCAACAAGAUGAUGAAGAGCCUAGCACCUCUUCUGGAGGACAAGAUGCCAGCCCCCCUGCUGAAGAGCCUAGCACCUUACCUGCAGGAAAAGGUGCAAGCCCCCCUGCUGAAGAGCUUAGCACCGCUCCUGCAGGACAAGGUGGCAGCCCCCCUGGUGAAAAGUCUAUCACCUCUGCUGCAGGACAAGAUGCCAGCCCCCCUGCUGAAGAGCCUAGCACCUCUCCUGCAGGAGAACAUGCGAGGGCCGCUGCUGAAGAUACUACCACCUCUGCUUCAGGACAAGAUGCCAGCCUCUAUGUUUCUACAGAAAGAGAGCAGCCCCCCCAGCAUGGGAGAGCUCGUAGACGGACUAGACGACGAUCUCCUUCUCCACCACACAGCAGGGCACAGGGAUCCAGGUCCAAACGUGCACGACGUUUAUCAAGUGGCUGGACCAAAACCACAUCCGGAUCUCCUCGUAAGCCAAAACCAGCCACUUCCUGGAAAACUGAGGAAGAUCCUGAUGUAUGUCCAGAGUCAAGAAAGUUUGUCCCAGCAAGACCCCCCGGACAUAAACUGAACACGGACAAAACGUACACACCGAUGGACCUUUUCAAACUGUUUUUCAGCAAUGAAGCAGCUCUAACCAUUUGUCAUCACACAAAUAAACAAGCUGCUAAAAACAUUGCAAAAGGAAAAAAAUAUCCAUGGACUAACAUCACCAUGGAGGAGUUUUUCAGGUAUGUGGGACUGACUUUCUUUAUAGCAUUGGUGAAACUGAGUACGAUCAGAGAUUACUGGAAAAAAAACACAAUCUUCAGUGUCCCAUUUCCAGCCAAUAUCAUGGUACGGGACAGGUAUCAGGUGAUAUCUUGGAACAUCCACAUGAGUGAUCCUGAGGAAGAUGUUGAGAAUGACAGAAAGAAAGGGACACCAGAUCAUGACCGCCUGUUUCGACUGAAGCCCCUCCUGGACACCAUCAAAAAUGCUUGCUUAGCAUAUUACCACCCCAGGCAGAACCUUGCAAUUGACAAGAGGAUGGUGGCGACAAAGGCCCAUACUGGAAUGACGCAACACAUGAAAGGUUUCAAGCUCUUUGUUUUGGCUGACAGCAGCAAUGGCUACACUGUGGACUUUACUGUGUACACUGGAAAGUCACAGUUUGUCUCAGGCGUUGGACUUGCAUAUGACUCUGUGAUGUCCCUGAUGAACACAGAAUAUCUGGGCAGUGGCUUUCAUCUCUAUGUGGAUAAUUUCUACACCAGUCCAAAACUCUUCAAGGAUCUGUUUAGCCUGAAUGUCGGAGCAUGUGGCACAUACAGAGGCAAUAGAAAAGAUGUUCCCCACACAGACUCAAAUGCGCUGAAGAAAAAUGCUCCUAGAGGCUCCAUCAGGUGGAUUCGUGAAGGCCCACUGGUUUUUGUGAAGUGGAUGGACACACGUGAGGUCUCUAUCUGCUCUACAAUCCACUCGGCAUUCUCUGGAAACACUGUGAAGAGGAGAGUCAAAACACGGGGUGGCGACUGGACCACCGAAUGCAUUCCAUGCCCAACACCUAUCAGGGAUUAUAACAAGCACAUGGGCGGUGUUGAUAUGUCUAACCAGCUGAUACAAUAUUACUCUGUACAUCACAAGAGCAUGCGCUGGUACCAGACCUUUUUCUUUCACUUCCUGGACAUUGCAGCCACAAACAGCUACCUCCUCCACAAGGAGCUUUGCAGAGAGAAGCAGGAGGAACCCAUGAGCCACAAGGACUUCCUGCAGGAGCUGACAGCCCAGUUGUGUGGUGUCACAGUUAAAACCCCUCCUGCCCAGACACGCAGUAGCCACGUACCUGUGGCUAUCGCUGAAAUACUUGAUGUAAGCAGGAAGGCCUCGUAUGGACGCAGGCCCUGCGUAAACUGCAGACAGACCAGGAAGGCCAAACAGGCUACCCCCUGGAAGUGUAAGGAGUGUGAUGUGGCCCUAUGUGUCAUUUCAGACAGGAACUGCUUUGAGGCAUGGCACAGCUAACGUUUUGGACAAUAUGGAACUGGGACGUGACUAAAAGAAUAGUUUUUGAUCUGUGUUGGCUACAAUGUUUGUUUUUUCCCCACUGAUCACCAAUGCCCUAGUCUGGCUCAACGGGUGUACAUUGUGGUAGAUUACAUUAAAGGUCAAAACUAAAACUGUGCUGUUAAUAUGGAAAAGUGGACAAAAGAGGUGAGCUGAAAAAGACGAGGCAAAGUGUAAACACAGAAACCAAUAACCAAAAAGUUUAUUAUAACCUCACUGCAGGUAAAGGUCAUGGCUUUGAGGUGCAUUAUUGCCACAAUGUGGUCUUGAAUCACUACACUCUCAUUAUGGGCUCUCUCAUCACUCUCACUCAGGAGCGGCUGAGAUAAGUGCAACACCUAGUGGUAAAAUUUGGAACCCUGAUCCGGUCCGGUGUUUGGCUUGAUAUCAAACCAGUAUUACAUUUUUUUAACACCGGCCCUAAUUGCUGGAAUAAAGCCCCGCCCAGGACAGUUGUGAUUGUUUUAAAGAAAUACAAACAACUUGAUAGUUUUUUUUUCCCCAUCCCAGUAUAGAUAGGUGGUGUAGCCAGACUUUACUACAGCUCUGACACAGCGCUGUAGAUAGGUUUGACAAUGCGAGACUACCAAGGCCUAGAAAAACAAAUCUCAAAAGCCUAAAGUCUUGUUCACUAUUGUUUUAUGUGCAAUUUGAAUAAAUAUCUGAUUCAACUUUA